GUGGCUGUGUGAAUAACAAUAGGAGAAAGGCUUGUUGUCACAGUGAUAGAACUUUCAAGCUUUGGCCAUCAAUGAGAUUUUGGGGAGUGAGCACAAGAGGAGACCCAAGGAUAAGUCCAAGUUUGAGAAUGACACCAGAGAAAGGCUAGCAUGGAUCCCAAAACCAGUCAACGAAACUCAGAAUUGGAAGGGAGCUCCACCACCAUCUAUUUCAACUGAGACCUGCCGGAGCUCUGCAACUUCUCUGGCAAGUGGUUCUCCCAUCUUCACCUGAUGACCUCCAAAGAUAGGAAACCUGCUACCUACCGAAACCACCUGUUCUGCCAUGCUGCUUUGGGGUCGCUCACAUAGUUAAAAAGGUUUUCCUUGUGUACUGUGCUGUUCAGAUCUGAUCCUAUGGAAUUUAGCACUUCCCCCUGAAGCCAAGCAUAUUAAACGAGAUUCCUCUUUCUUAUGACAGCCUGAAAAUCACUUGAGGUCAACUAUGGAGCUGCUUUGGGGAGAUGGCUUCCCCUAUGGUCCGAGAUGUGGAGGUGACACGGACGGCUCGAAGACAAAGUGCACACAAAAGAGUGUCUAUCUUGACUCCUCAAGAAGAUAUUUUGGCUAAUGCUACACCAAGAAAUCAAAUGAUUCCUCGAACUCCUAACUCACACUGCCAAACUUUGUUUCGAAGUUUAUUGAGGCAGCCAGAUGUUUCUGCCAUUCUUGCAACAGGAACAAAGUCCCCUCGUUUGGCUCCUUUAUCAACCUCCUUGGGAAAUCUGCCCAUGACAACUAAUCUAGAUGAGAGUAACUGGACAGCAAACUUCUCCCCACAGCGCUCAGGGAUCUUCGCAAACAAUGAACCUUCUAACAUGACAGAAGAUGUCACUCUUAGUGCAGUUAUGCUUCGUGAGGAUGAUCCUGGAGAAGCUGCAACCAUGAGUAUGUAUUCUGAUUUUCUGCACACUUUUCUGAAGCAUGCUUCAAAUACAGUUUUUGAACUUAUAGAAGAGUAUGAGAACAUUUGUGAGAGCCAGGUGAAUAUAUUAAGUAAAAUAGCAAGCAGAGCAACCCCUGGACUACAGAAGUUUUCAAAAACCGCCAGUGUGCUGUGGCUUCUUCAGCAGGAGAUGGUUACGUGGAGAUUGCUAGCCUCUCUUUACAAAGACAGAAUACAAUCUGUACUAGAAGAAGAAAAUGCAUUUGCCAUUGCUUCCCUAAAUGCCAGUGAAAAGACAGUGGUGGAUACAUUAUUCCAGCGAGAUUCACUUAUUCGACAAAGCCAGCUGGUGGUAGAUUGGUUGGAGAGUAUUGCCAAGGAUGACAUUGGAGAUUUCUCAGAUAACAUCGAGUUUUAUGCGAAAUCAGUGUAUUGGGAGAAUACUCUGCACACCUUGAAACAGCGACAAUUAAUUUCAUUUAUUGGAAGUGUUCGUCCUCUUGUUACUGAAUUGGACCCCGAUGCUCCCAUAAGACAGAAAAUGCCACUUGAUGAUCUGGAUCGAGAAGAUGAUAACAGGUUACUCAAGUACCUUUUCACCCUUAUCCGUUCUGGAAUGACUGAUGAGGCACAGCGUCUCUGUAAACGUUGCGGUCAAGCGUGGAGAGCUGCCACUCUCGAAGGCUGGAAAUUAUAUCAUGAUCCUAAUGUUAAUGGAGGAACAGAAUUAGAACCAGUAGAAGGGAAUCCAUAUAGAUGCAUUUGGAAAAUAAGCUGUUGGAGAAUGGCAGAAGAUGAGCUGUUUAAUAAAUAUGAGAGAGCAAUCUAUGCUGCCUUAAGUGGGAAUCUCAAACAACUUCUACCUGUCUGUGAAACCUGGGAAGAUACGGUCUGGGCCUACUUUAGGGUAAUGGUGGACAGUUUGGUGGAACAGGAAGUUCGGACCUCAGUUGUAACAUUAGAUGAAACUGAAGAACUGCCUCGAGAACACUUGGAAGCAAAUUGGACUUUGGAAAAAGUUUUUGAAGAGCUCCAAGCUACAGAUAAAAAGAGAGUUCUAGAGGAAAAUCAAGAGCACUACCACGUAAUUCAAAAAUUCCUUAUCUUGGGAGACAUUGAUGGUAUGAUGGAGGAAUUUCUUAAAUGGCUUUCCAAAGGAAAGAAUCUUCUGCCGGGGCACCUUCUCCGCUUCAUGACGCAUCUCGUUUUGUUUUUCCGCACUCUGGGGAUACAGAUCAAAGAAGAAGUGUCUGUGCAAGUUUUAAAGGCCUACAUUCAGCUGUUAAUAUGUGAGAAACACGCCAACCUCAUUGCGUUUUAUACUUCUCAUUUGCCUCAAGACCUGGCUGUCGCUCAGUAUGCAGCCUUUUUGGAAGGUGUGACAGAAUUCGAGCAGCGCCAUCGCUGUUUGGAGCUGGCCAAAGAAGCAGGUCUGGAUGUGGCAACAAUAACAAAAACCGUAGUGGAGAACACACGAAGGAAAGAUGCCGGCGACUUCAGUCACCACGACACGGCGCCUUCCCUGGACACCGGCACCACCGAGGAGGACCGUUCCAAGAUUGACGUGAUUGACUGGUUGGUGUUUGACCCUGCACAAAGAGCUGAGGCACUAAAGCAAGGCAAUGCUAUCAUGAGAAAGUUCUUGGCGUCAAAGAAACAUGAAGCUGCCAAAGAAGUGUUUGCGAAGAUUCCCCAAGAUUGCAUAGCAGAAAUUUACAAUCAGUGGGAAGAAAAUGGGAUGGAUACUCCGCUUCCCGCCGAGGACGACAACGCCAUCCGAGAACACUUAUGCAUUCGAGCUUAUCUGGAAGCACACGAGACCUUUAAUGAGUGGUUCAAGCACAUGAACUCGGCUCCACAAAAGCCUACUUUGCUGCCCCAGUCUUCCUUCACGGAGAAAGUCGCUCAUGAGCACAAAGAAAAGAAAUAUGAAAUGGACUUCGGCAUAUGGAAAGGCCACUUGGACGCUCUGACAGCCGAAGUAAAAGAGAAGAUGUACAACGUCCUCCUGUUUGUGGACGGAGGGUGGAUGGUGGAUGUCCGAGAGGAUGCCGAGGAUGACCCCGAGAGGACCCACCAGAUGGCCUUGCUGAGGCGCCUCUGCCUGCCCAUGCUGUGCUUCCUGCUCCACACCAUCCUGCACAGCACCAACCAGUUCCAGGAGUGCCUGCAGCUCGCCGACAUGGUGUCCUCGGAGCGCCACAAGCUGUACACGGUGUUUUCUAAGGAAGAACUAAGGAAGUUGUUACAGAAGCUGAGAGAAUCAUCGUUAAUGCUUUUAGAUCAGGGACUUGACCCUCUGGGUUAUGAAAGUUCAUCGUAAUGUGAUUCCAUUGUUUUCCUCAUAGCGUCAUCAUUGCAAACUUCGCUAAAUAUAUGUGUCUGUGGUCUUUGGUGUCGUCUUUUUUUUGAUGUUGGUGUUUGUCUUUUUUAGGGAACAAUUAUGUAAAAUUGAAUAUUUGGAUUUUUUUGUACUUAUAAUAAGAUUAUGGCAGGGGUCUUUGGCACGUUGUGACAGAACAGUAUUUCUUGAAUUAUGUAUAUUAAUAAAGUUGAAAAUUUGUCUUCGGAUUACUACAGUGAAAAUUAAAGUUAAAAGUCUUGUUCUCUGUUACAUGUUGAAGAAAUUAAACUCCAUAAGUGACUUAGUUCCUUCCCACUCCCCUCUUUUGUAGCUGUCAACAUGUUAGCAUUUCAAAGUUAGUUGAAAGGGAGUGGAAAAGAGCAUCACCAUAUUUAGGACUAAAAACUAUCACGUGAUUUCCCCUUUAUCCUAAGUACUUAGAGAGGACACUUUUUGUAAAAUAAAGUGAGCUGCAGGAUUCCUCUUCUCGAGCAAUGCUUACUUUGAGGUUCUUCUGUCCUAAAUAGACAUUUUAGGGUCAGCCCUAAAGCUGGAAAGCUAUUCCAGAAGAACCUGAUAGAAAGGGUGCAGUCGUUGCCCUGCCAAUGAACUGAGACUGCUUCUGAGGACCAGCCUCGUCAAGUACACAAAGGCUCAUUGCCGAUAUCCCUAAUCAUCGACGCGGUGAUAAUACAUUUCUUUGGCACCCCAUGAAACAAAGAAAGAUGCAAAAUGGUGCUCAAUCCUCUCCCACCCCUUCCGCUUCGGCAGUGGCAGUGUAGCUAGAGACUGUAAGGAGAAACGAUAGGCGCUAAGAAACCCACGCUUAGAUAACCUAUGCGUGUGGGCCUUUGUUCCCUGCGUGUCAACAAUUAUCAACAUCCCAGUGGAGGAGCUGACGGAUACUUGAUCACAAUUUUUUUUCACUAAAUAAAGCCAAAUUAAAAGAAGUCAUGGCUAAAUGGAAGGGUGUCUUCCUGUUUCUUGGAGAGUCCAACAAAGGGUUAAUUUUUUAUCACGUGCUCAAAAGUGAUACAUAUUCUCUCAAAAGAUACUUGGUUAUCCCAUCUCCUAUUGCAAGGAUUUUCAAACAGGCCACUGCAAAAGCGAUUAUAGCUUGCACAGCAACAUUGGUUAGGGUUGGAGACAUCCUAUGAAGAAUUGAGCAAAACCCUCCUAACAAGUCAGGGGACACUUUGGUACUUGGUGACUUCAGGGUAUGAGUGGGAAUAGGUGAGGAGAAAUAUUUUGUUUAAAGAAGAAAGGUCAGAAGGAAAACAAGGCUAAAGACUUGUAAAUUGUAUAGAAGUCUUAGAGUUUUGUCAUACUUCUUUGAGAAAUUCAUUGGGAUGCUCACAUAUGGUGGGUGUCACCUCACUCCCCCCCCAAAAAAUUUUUUUAACAGGAAAAGUUUGAUUCUUGACAUAGGAGUCAUCUGAAUCAGCUCCAUGGGUGAGGGGAGGCCAAUGAUGUGUUAGAGCAAAGAUCAAAAUUUGUUUAGCUCUUGAUCACCCCGUUUGGGUUUGAGGGUAGUUUUUUUGGUCAGAGAUGCCAGAGAGAUAUGCUAUUCCCUCUGCAGCUCGUUUGAUAAAUGAGGAAACUAAGGCAAACAGGGUUAAGUGACUAGUCCAGGGUCACAGCUAUUGUCUGCGGCCUUAUUUAACCUCAGGAAGAGGAGUCUUCCUGACUUCAGGCUCCGCACUCGUAUAUACUGUGCCACUUAGAUGCCCCACUAAAGUUCAGAAUUUGCUAAAAGAUAUCCUCUGCACCUGAAACCUCUCAACCCAGAACUAUUUAAACAGAUCAUUGAUUUUUUAAAAAUAGCUUACAGAAAAAGUGGCAGCACUGAUGAAACGUUUUAUACAUAAGUGAAACCCACGUAAAUCAACUGCUGAAACAAGGAAACCAAAUCAGUCACCAUUCAGCUUCCUUCCCAAGUGAAAGAUAGAUGGCUAGGAGCCAAAGGGAGCGCUAAACCUGUGUAUAGAAACUCAUUUGUAAAGUCUUGUGAGGAAAGCUAAUGGUGAUUAGAAUCUGUGGAGGGUAAAACCAAUUUUCAGAAAGCUUGGCAAAUCCAAUUAAGCAAAAUCACUAAAGAGAUGAUCAUUAAAUCCACCAUUUCAGUUGAUGAGGUCAUAGAGUACAUAGAAGAGAGCCCAGCACAGUGUUGCCCAACACCCACAUGUAGGGUUCCAGGUAUAUACAGAUCAUGAAAGUAUUAAAAGAUACAUUCGACAGCUGAUUUAUGGAUAUAUUUCAAAUAAUUGGUUUCUGAAUAUUUGAAUUGGGACUCUGAUUUUGUGGUAUUCUGACCUCUCCCCACGCCUGCAGUCCGAAGGUCAAAUGAACCUAUGGGCUGGGCGCUGGCCUCCAUCUCUUUCGCUUUGUUGUUUACCAAGCUGAUGUUAAAUUCUCUACUGUGUCACAUGUUUAAUUAACUAUCUCCCAUUCCCCAUUCCUUGGAACGUCAAUAAAAACCGUAUUCACCUAUAA